GAGGGGAGUCUCAGGAAAAAAAAAAAGAGAGAGAAAGUUUUUUUUUCCGGUGACGGUGUCGGCUUCUCUGACGCUCCCCCCUGCCUUUCUCUCCCUGAAUGCCUUCAUCUGUAUUCAGGAAAACUGCGGCUAUUAAUGGUUGGAGGAGUGAAUACUUUAAAGGGAACAAUGGAUUCAAACGAAGCAAUUAAAGCACACACCAUCUUCUAGGUUUUGAAAAACGAGUUCUUUUUAGUUGUUGUGUAUAAUAUAAAAUAGUGUCAAGUUUUUUGCAUGAAUUGCUUGGCUACGACCAUAACCAUCACUUUCAAACCAACAUUGAUCUCGGAUAUGGCCGUGGCUAUUGAUCCAUUCAGUGACAAGUUCCCUUACUUCAACCGUUCCUCACAAAGAUGCAGACUCCAAUCCCUCACCAACCUUGACUUCAGCUUCCUUCAAUCCUUUAAACCAAAACCUGAAGAUGACAACAUCCAUAGAAGUGUAUCUUCUCCUUGCUUCUCUAUAGCUUCCUCUGCUAACAUGGAGGAAGAUAAGAAAGCAACCGCUGCUCCACGGAUUGAGAUUCUUGGUGGACAGAGAGUUCCCACCGUUCGUGCCCUAGUGGCUGAGGUGACCAUGGCUAUUGUCUCCGGAGCCCAGCCUAUGCUUUUACCAAGUGGCUUGGGAGGUGCCUAUCUUCUCCAAACCGGGAAGGGUCACAACAUUGCUGUGGCUAAACCGGUUGAUGAGGAGCCUUUAGCUUUAAACAACCCUAAAAAGUCUGGAAGUUUGAGGCUAGGGCAACCUGGAAUGAAACAUUCUAUUCCUGUUGGUGAAACUGGUGUAAGAGAGUUAGCUGCUUACUUACUUGACUACCAAGGCUUCUCUAGUGUUCCACCAACAGCUUUGGUUAGUAUCUCACAUGUUCCUUUCCACGUCAGCGCCGCCUUCUCCUCUGUGCCCUAUAAGGUUGCUUCCUUGCAGAAGUUUGUGUGUCAUGAUUUUGAUGCUGGAGAGUUAGGUCCAGGAAGCUUCACGGUUGCUUCGGUUCAUAGGAUAGGUAUACUUGAUGUGAGAGUCUUGAACCUUGACAGGCACGCAGGGAAUAUGCUAGUGAAGAGAUGUGAACAAGACGAGGGAGUUGGAACUGCUGAGCUUGUCCCUAUAGAUCAUGGUCUAUGCCUCCCUGAGUGUCUAGAUGAUCCUUACUUUGAGUGGCUUAACUGGCCUCAAGCUUUGGUUCCAUUCACUGAAACUGAGCUGGAGUAUAUAUCUAAUCUAGAUCCUUUCAAAGACGCGGAGCUUCUUAGAAAUGAACUGCACUCUUUGCCUGAAUCUGCCAUAAGGGUCCUUAUAGUAUGCACCGUUUUCUUGAAACAAGCAGCUGCUUCAGGGCUUUGUCUUGCAGAGAUAGGUGAGAAGAUGACUCGGGACUUCGCUAGAAGUGAAGAUAGUUUCAGUCUCUUGGAGACCCUUUGCACCAAAGCAAAAACAACUGUAGUUGACAAAGGAAAUGAAGUGAAAUGUGAAGUGGAGAUCUCAGAGAUCAUUCAUGUAUCUAAACCACCUUUGGCUCCCAAAGGACCACAUGCAAAAGAAAAGAAGAGAGGAAACACCAUGAGGAGCAAGAGCCCAUCAAUGAGUGUGCAAUAUGUUGAAUCAGAAGGUGUUUCUUUCGGGGACAUGACAACAGUCCAAUGGGACAUGUUCCUGGAGAGCUUCCAGAGACUUUUGCAAGAAGCACUGAGCAAAAGGCUAGUGCCAAGUUUAGGAAAACAAUAAUAAAAGAAGACAAAGAAAAACAAAAAACAUAACCAAUAAGAUGAAAAAUCUCAAAAAGGUUAAAACAAACUUUCAGGUGUUUAUAUAGAGGUAAACAAGGUGUGCAUAUGACCCAUAGGCUAACUAUUUAAUACCUUAGAAAGCAUAUGGAUUAUAUGAGACGAGCAGAGUAAACCGUCCAGUCCAAUAUACUUGUUAUUUUUUUCUUCUUUCUCAUCUCAUAUUGUAUCAUGUUAUUCUGAGCAUUAAUUACCAUUAAAAUUUCUGUAUAAAAUCAAUUGUAAUGUAAGUAUGUAACUUGAUGUAAUCAGGAAUAUAUA